CAUGGUCGCAACUCGCCCUAAUAACAGGAGAAGAAGAAGACGAAGCGGAAGAAGAAGAACGAGAGCAAGAACAAGUGGAAGAAGAGAAGCGCCAGGCAGCAGUUCGAAAUGGCCGCGCCUGCAGAGAGGAUGGAGGUUUCUCAGGGGGAGAGCUCAGCCAAGCCAGCAGCAGAGGAUAUGACAUCUAAGGAUUACUACUUUGACUCAUACGCCCACUUUGGCAUCCACGAGGAGAUGCUGAAAGAUGAGGUUCGCACUCUCACCUACCGCAAUUCCAUGUUCCAUAACAAGCAUCUUUUUAAGGAUAAGGUGGUGCUGGAUGUGGGCAGUGGGACAGGCAUCCUCUGCAUGUUUGCUGCCAAAGCAGGAGCCAAGAAGGUUAUAGGGAUAGAGUGCAGUAGCAUCUCAGACUACGCUGUAAAGAUUGUCAAGGCCAACAAGCUGGAUGAUGUUGUGACAAUCAUCAAGGGAAAGGUGGAAGAGGUGGAGCUACCUGUAGACGGAGUAGACAUCAUCAUAUCAGAGUGGAUGGGAUACUGCCUCUUCUAUGAGUCUAUGCUCAACACAGUCAUAUAUGCCCGAGACAAAUGGCUGAAGCCAGAUGGACUCAUUUUUCCAGACAGGGCAACACUUUAUGUCACUGCUAUUGAAGACCGGCAAUACAAGGACUACAAAAUCCACUGGUGGGAGAACGUGUAUGGUUUUGAUAUGUCGUGCAUCAAGGAGGUGGCAAUUAAGGAACCUCUGGUUGAUGUUGUGGAUCCCAAGCAGCUAGUCAGCAGUGCAUGUCUCAUCAAGGAGGUGGACAUCUACACAGUAAAGUUGGAGGACCUAUCCUUCACCUCACCAUUCUGCCUGCAGGUGAAGAGGAAUGACUACAUCCAUGCGCUGGUCACCUACUUCAACAUUGAGUUCACACGCUGUCACAAGAGGACCGGCUUCUCCACCAGCCCUGAGUCUCCAUACACCCAUUGGAAGCAGACUGUCUUCUACCUGGAUGACUACCUGACUGUCAAGACGGGGGAGGAGAUAUUUGGCACCAUCAGCAUGAAGCCAAACGUCAAGAACAAUAGGGACCUGGACUUCACUGUAGACAUCGACUUCAAGGGUCAGCUGUGUGAGGUGUCUAAGACGUCAGAGUACAGGAUGCGUUAGAAGUCUCUUCUGUUUGUCUUUAGUGAAGGACAGAUUAUACUGUUUGACUGUGUCUGUACAAUAGUUUGAAGCUCCCCUGCAGCAACAUUUUAAGAGUCCUUUUUUUUCUUGGUUUUCUCCCUCGUUCAAACAUGAACUGUAUUUAAAAGGCUUUCAUAUCAUGGGUUAUAAGUGUACUGGCAUGGUGAUUCAUUGUGCUGUAGUCACUCAGCAACAUGUUUUUGACAAAUGCCUGAUAGUGUCCAACAUCUUCUUGGGUUUUCAUUUUGGGUUCUUGUCCUUUGCAUGUGCGAGGUCCAUAUAGACAUUAACACAAUGUUUCUGCCGACAUGUCUGCAUAGUAUUACUGUUGGGUCACCUGGUCAUCUGUGUGGUCAUUACAUGAUUUACCCCUAUUUUUGAUUCUGUUGAAAGUUGUUGAACUAUGUAUUUGGGUUUCUGUCACAAGAAACCCUCCAUACAUUUGUAUACCAGUUGCUAGAAACCAUAUGUAACUGACAAGAGAGCUGCUCACCAAACUGCUCUGUUGAGACCAAACAUAGCCCUAUAUAUGUGUUUUUUUGUUUUUGUUUUUUAAUUUGUUCUGUGUUUGUUCCAGUGAGGGGAAGUUCAGUUUUAGGCAUAUUAAGACUCUGAGGCUCAGCAGGUCAUUCUCUGAAAUUAACACAGCAGAAUCUCAGUGCUUGUGAGGUACACAGUAUAAUUGGUAAAAUAUGCACAGUACACACUCCACGGUCUUCAACCAGGAGUGUGUGCGUUCAUUUAGCCUGCACAAUGUCGCUGAAUAGCAAUGGGACUACGCUAAAUCACAAACUAAGUCUGAAUCUUGGUUUUUCAAUAACUGGGGUUUAACUGGAGCUGUCAGCAAUGACACCCUCACUGUUUAGUUAAAUAUAACCAGUACUCCAUUUGACAGGGUUGUUAAAGUGAGGGAUAAAAAAUGUUAGCCCCUCUCAAUGAAAUUUUGGAUUGUUAUAAAUACAAGUAAACUUAACUAUAAAGCUGUGUUCAAAGUUGUGGGGGGGUUUUUUGUUUUUUGGUUUUUUUUUCGGCCCAGAAAUCUUUAUUCAUGUGGAACACAAACUAUAUAUUUUAUCAUUUUAUACCAACAGGAAAUGAUAGAAUAUGUUAAAUACAAAGUGUUAAAUAUUUUUGCCAAGAUUUUUUUUUUUUCUUUUGGAACUGUCUCACCAAUUUAUUUUCCAGCUGUGAGCAGCAUCUCCAUUUCCUGUUUCUGUUACUGUCCUGGGAUCCGUGUGUUUGUCUUGAUACAGUGUCUCUGAAGCAGUUUGAGUCAGUCUGAACAGAAGUUACCAUGUUGGCAGUGUGUAGAGAAUGCCUCGACUCACCACGUUUUUUUUUUUUGUUUGUUUGCUGAUUUUUCUUUUUUAAUAAAUAAACUAAAUGUAACUCUU